AGCCCUCCACGCAGAUGACCUGGCACCUGAAGGAUGGAAGCCAAUCAGAGUUGAAGAGGAGACAAGACAGUUAGACUUGCUUCCUCUUUUCUAAUUUGAGAGGUUUCAUGUUGAAAGUCGGGGUGUGAGGCUGCGGAGACCUUCACACAGUCACUAUGAAGCCGGGCUGCUUCUCGCCUCCUGUGCUCUGGGCAGCCCAGGUGCUGCUGGCAGCUGGCUGUCAUGCGGCCGCCAGUUCUGAGAGCCUGCAGUGCGAGGGCCCCGUCAGCACCUGGGACAGCGGCUGCCGCCCCGGGGAUGACGUGGGCUCCGGGGAAGUGGACUACCUGGCCAGAGGCUACACGUUCAGCCGACCCAUCCGCCUGGUCGUGUCCUACGACUGGCUGGUCCUCCAAGGCCCAGCUGCUCCCAUCUUCGAAGGGGACCCUCUGGUUCUGCGCUGCCAGGCCUGGCGAGGCUGGCCCCUGGCCCAGGUCACCUUCUACCGAGAUGGCUCUGCUCUGGGUGCCCCCGGACCUAACAGGGAAUUCUCGAUCGCCGUGGCUCAAGAGGUGGACAGCGGGCAUUACCACUGCAGCGCCAUCUUCCAGAGCCCUGGUCCUGGGAGCCCGGAAACGGCAUCCUCCGUGGCGGUCACCGUCCAAGAACUGUUUCCCGCUCCGGUGCUCAGAGCCAUGCCCUCGCCAGAGCCCCAGGAGGGCAGUGCGGUGACCUUGAGCUGCCAGACAAAGCUGCCCCUGCAGAGGUCGGCCACCCGCCUCCUCUUCUCCUUCCACAAGGGGGGCCGGGCCGUGCGCGGCCGGGGCCUGUCCCCAGAGCUGCAGGUCCCCGCGGCCGCACAGGCCCACUCGGGGUCCUACUGGUGCGAGGCCGCCACCGAGGACAACCACGUGUGGAAAAGGAGCCCCCGGCUGGAGAUCAGGGUGCAGGGUCCCUCGAGCUCUGGUGCACCACCUACCUUGAACCCCGCUCCUCCGAAAUCCGCAGCUCCAGGAAUGCCUGCUGCGGAGCCACGCAGGCCUCUGUCUCCGCCACCCAGCCCUUCCUCAGGGGGCCCAGCGCCCCCCUCUCCUCUGCAGGCCUCCGACCCCCACCUGCACCACCGGAUAGGCCUUCUCCUCAGACAGAUGCAGGAUGUGCGCGUGCUUCUCGGCCACCUGGUCAUGGAGCUGAGGGACUUGUCUGGCCACCUGAAGCUGGAGACGAGGAAGGGUACUGCCAAGCAGGUGUGAGCAGUUCACCUGCAGUGUUGCUCAGCACCCCAAUAAACUGAGCUCUCCCCAUCGCCUUCCUUCUGUCCUGCACAUGCGCACAGAGACUUCUCCAGGUUUCUAGUCUUGUUAGAGUCGGAGGCAGGCGCUUCCGUAACUGCACCAAGGGGAGCUGUGCACCCCUCUCAACCUGGCCGCGGAUCCUCUCCAGCCCACCAGGCGCCUCCUGCUGCCCAGCAGAGCCCGGGGUGAGAGAGCAAGCAGGCGGGUUGGGUGGCAGUCUUGGCGGGACCACCCCACCUGCCCAGGGGACACUUGGGUUGCCAGUUUGGGGGGUGCUACUGUUGUCUAGUAAGUAGAACACAGGGGUGCUGCUAACAGCCUGUAACACAGAGCAGCCCCCACAGAGCGUUCUCUGAACGUCAAUAGUGAGGAAGGAAACCCAGCCACAGGGAUGCGUGGUGUCCGAGGGGGAGCUUUGCCUCUUCGACUCACUCCCCCACUUGGCCUCACUCAGCGAAUAUCAGUCGGUUAGACGCCGGCCUUUGUGGCCUCUCCUCC